AUGCCUGGAAAGGGAAACUUCAGUAGCUCACCUGAUUGGGCUUCACCUCCACCAUACUCCCCUGUGGGAAGGGGGAUCUCACAGACUUACACCGUCCUCAUCCUUGGCGAAACCGGCGUCGGAAAGUCGACCCUCAUCAAUGCGCUUGCUAACUACCUCUCUUUCGACGAUCUUGAUCAAAUCGAUUCAAACGGUGUGCUGUCCUUGAUUCCAACCAAGUUUUUCCUUUAUGAUUCGGAGUCACUUGAAGAAAUUAUCAUCCGAUCGGAGCGACUCACUCUCGAUGACAAUCAUAAUGCUGCUCGUCGUAAUGAGGAGAACACGACCGGAAACUCUUCCACACAGCAUCCCAGAACAUACGAGUUCUUCCCUCAUCUUGGAAAUGGUGACCAAGUCAGAUGCCGAAUCAUCGACACUCCUGGAAUGGGCGACACUCGUGGUAUCGAUCAAGACAAGAAGAAUAUGGAUCUCAUCAUCAAGUACAUCGCAGACUAUCCCGAGAUCAACGGCAUCCUCAUGCUGUUGAAGCCAAACAACAGUCGGCUCACUACCUGGUUCCGCUUCUGCAUCAAAGAGCUUCUCAAGAGUUUGCACAAGGACUGUGUCAAGAACAUCAUUUUCAUGUUCACCAAUGCCAGAAGCACCCUCUAUCGACCCGGCGACACCAUGCCUGCUUUGAAGAAGCUACUUGGAGAGGUGAAGCGUGACUCGGGCGUCGAUAUCCCUGUCAACAAGAGUAAUCUUUUCAUGGUCGACAACGAGGCCUAUCGAUACCUCCUUGCGAGAGGCAAGGUUCACUUCACUGAGGAUGAGGAGAGCGACUUUCACAACUCAUGGAAGAAGUCAUCCGAAACUUGUCGUCAGAUGCUGGACACCAUCGCUGGUAUUGAAAGCUUCGAAACCGAAAAGACCGUUGUCCUGUACGAAGUUCGGAGCCAGGUUCUCGAGCUCUGCAAGCCACUUGCUGACGUCGCCGCAUCGAUCAUGGCGAGCAAGAAGUCUUUGGAUGAUCAAAUCAAGGCUCUGAGCUCAACUGAAGCAUCUGUUGUCGAUCUUCAGAAGGCCCUAAACGUCAAAGUUGACAUCCCAAUUCCAGAGGAGCUUCCCCACCCUGUCACCGUAUGCUCACACCAAGAUUGUGUAAAGCACUUGAAGAACGAAAGUGGUGUUGCGAUUACCGACUAUGUGACCAAAUGUCACGAGCACUGUUACCUAAGCAACGUCCCUAGUGAAGUUAUUGGCGAUACUGCGCUUCUGAGUUGCUGGGCCAUGGUAAAGGAAAUCUGUAGAGUCUGCUCACACUCCUACAGAUUCCAUCUCCAUAUAUGGUGGAAAAUGACCUACGAAAAGCGCGAUGCCCUUAACGACCAAGCCCGCAAGCAGAUUGAAAGCGAGCAUGACAAUGGAAGACGAAUCCAAAUGACCAUCGACAAGCUCGAGAAGAAAAUCAGGGAUCUUGAGAAGGAAGAGCGGACGAUCAUGGCCAUCAGUGCCAAAUUUGCGGUCUUUGUCAAGUCAAACGGGAUUGUUCUAUACAACGAUGCCCUGCUGGAUUACUUGGAUCAUCUCAUCAAGGAGGCUCGCGACUCCUCCUCUCAUGUUUCGAGCGUUGGAUCUCAGCAAAAGUCAAAGAUUGAUGGCCUCAACAAGCUCAAGCAAAUCUAUGAGAGCGAGCGAAAGCUUCUUACCGAGGGAAUUGCUAACUAUCGCCAAGCACCUCCAUCAGCUAGUGAGGUGAAGAGGCUUUUGAGGGAUCUUACACAGCUGGAGUACUCAGGAAAGUUUUUCAAGAACUUCCGCUCCGCACCACUCGAACACAAUCGAUCCCGACAAAGCGGCCCGUCGUCAUCGGCCUCUGGUAGAAACGCAGGCACUCCAUCCGCCAACGGCUUGUUCUCGUCAUUUUCAUCUUGGUCGCCAUUUACGAAUUGAUCACCUUGUUCGUCCGACUUAAGCCUCCCUUGACCAAGCGACUGAGAAACAUGAGUCACGACCAAAGAUGGCUCCCCAAACCAAAUGUUUGGCCUUUCCAGAUUAAAUUCAUAUCUUCCCUUUGGAAAAAAGCUUAUAAGCAAAAGUUGCUGUGAAGGUAUAUUUGACUUUAUCACGGGUAACGACUGAAAUAAAUCUUGACUUUGAACCCACUCUCGCAAUCGUCUGCCCCACAUUUCCACAAUGUCCCGAAAGCCUUCGUGUCUCAA